AGCUAUCAAACAUGAAAAACGAAAAACUAAUAUCCAUACAUUGCAUCUUCGUCUACAUGUUCAGCUUGAUAAUGGUGAUUUUAUUUUUCAAAUUCUUCUGUUACCAAAGCGAUCUUAAACACACUCCUAAAACGACUCCGGUUACAGUCACAGUCACAGACACUAUAGAGUGCUUUCAUGAUAAAACAGCAGAUUCUCUACCAGACAUAUCACAAAUUGCACCAAGAAAAGGUAAAUCGAUAUUUUUCCACGAAACCUCUUGUAAGUCGUUUUAUCACGGGAAAAUUCAUAUAACAGCCCGCCAAGCAUGCGCAGUGGAAAGCGCUGCUAAAAUGAACCCAAAUUUGGACGUGUACCUUCUCUACUCCUCACCUGGCUUGAUUAAAAUGGAAGGUGAUGAAUCGGAUUUAUUUUUGAACGCCCUGAUGAGCUACAAGAAUGUCCAAAUAAUGCAUCUCGAUUAUGAAAAAUAUACUAAUGAUACUCCGGUGGAGGAAUUAUAUACGACUGGAAAAAUUGAUAAUUCAUCACACAAAAUAGAGCAUGCCAGUGAUAUUAUUAGAUACCUCACUUUAUGGAAAUACGGUGGCAUCUAUUUAGACCUGGACGUGGUAGUUUUAGAAUCUUUAGAGAAGGUAACCCUGAACUAUGCUGGUUGCGAAUUCGAUAGGACUGCAGCUGCUGGGGUUCUAAGUUUCGCACCAGAUGGUAAUGGUCACCAAUGGGCCGAAAUCUGUAUAAACGAUUUAAAAAAUGGAUACAAUGGUCGUUCAUGGUCAAAUAGCAGCACUGGAGUUAUAAGAAGAUUACUGAAAUCCAUAUGUGAAAGAGAUUCACUAGAGAAAGCAACUACUACAAAUUGUCAGGGAUUCACCCUGUAUGCCAGAGAUGUAUUUUAUCCAGUACCUUGGACGCAAUGGAGGAGGUAUUUCGAAGAAAAAGAUUUUGAACAUGUCAUUAGAUCCACCGAGAAUAGCAAAACUUUACACAUGUGGAAUAAAUUGAGCAAAGAUGAAAAAAUAUCUCUGGAUAAUGUUUACACUAGUUAUUUGUACUAUGCUAAAAAAGCUUGUCCUAAAGUUAUAGCGGCUUGUGAUAAAUAUUUUUAG